GACUCACCUAAAGAAAAUGAUGCAGUAGCUUGUUACACGUUGGACUGCGCGUAUUCAAUUCUGAUAUCGUCAUCAUUUUAUUACUACAGAGAUAGUAUCUAAAAUAUUACUAAAUACGUUGUAGUGUGGUGAAAAUGCGUUUUUGUCAUAUAGAUUGAUUUGCAAAAGUUGAAGUGAUUAUAAGAGACAACAAAAAUCGGCCGUCAUGUUUGAUGUAUUUGGUUCCGUGAAAGGGCUUUUGAAACUCGAUCAAGUAUGCAUCGACAACAACAUUUUUCGGCUUCAUUACAAGGCAACUGUCGUCAUUUUAAUUGCAUUUUCUCUACUGGUUACAUCGCGGCAAUAUAUUGGAGAUCCAAUUGAUUGCAUUGUAGAUGAAAUUCCGCUGAACGUGAUGGAUACUUAUUGCUGGAUUUACUCAACAUUCACCAUCCCGAAUCGUCUGACUGGAAUUGCAGGCAAAGACAUAGCACAACCGGGCGUGUCCAGUCAUGUUGAAGGGCACGAUGAAGUAAAAUAUCAUAAGUAUUACCAAUGGGUCUGUUUUGUGCUUUUCUUCCAAGCCAUGUUGUUUUACGUUCCACGCUACCUUUGGAAAACAUGGGAGGCAGGCCGCAUUAAAAUGUUGGUGCUAGAUCUCAACAUGCCGGUUGUAAAUGAUGAAUGUAAAGAAGAGCGUAAAAAAAUUCUUGUGGACUACUUUGUCGAUAACAUCAAUCGGCAUAAUUUCUAUGCGAUCCGUUUUUUUAUUUGUGAAGUACUCAACUUUCUAAAUGUGUUGGGGCAAAUAUAUUUCAUGGAUUUUUUCCUGGAUGGUGAAUUCUCUACAUACGGUAGCGAUGUGGUUCGUUUUACUGAGAUGGAACCUGAAGAAAGAGGCGAUCCAAUGGCCAGAGUGUUUCCGAAAGUAACUAAGUGCACUUUCCACAAAUAUGGUCCAUCGGGCAGCGUGCAAAAAUUCGACGGUCUCUGCGUUCUACCUUUGAAUAUAGUAAACGAAAAAAUCUACGUAUUUUUGUGGUUCUGGUUUAUUAUUUUAACCAUUCUUUCUGGAGCAUCGCUAGUGUAUCGUUUUGCAGUUAUCUUUAUGCCAAAAGUACGCCUCUACCUACUACGAGCAAGAUCACGCCUCUCUAGCCAUGACGAUGUAGAGUUGAUUUCAUCAAAAUGCCAGCUGGGUGAUUGGUUCAUCUUGUAUCAACUUGGGAAAAACAUUGAUCCCUUGAUUUACAAAGAGAUUAUAAACGACCUUUCUCUAAAGUUAGAGGGCAAAGAAAUAGUAUAAGAUCAAGAUUAUGGAGAACAAGAAGUGAGUAAUGAGCGUUGGUUCAUCGAUCGGGAGGACUUAAACGAGAAGGAGAAUCAUCAAGCGAACGGCAAAGAAGAGCAAACAACAUAAUAGGUUUCCUUGGGAGUAAAGUUUCAAAGUUUCCUGCCCUCGGCGCUCGUCUGCAUAUGAUCUUCCGCGAUGCAUUUCAGUUUUUCCUUUUAUAUAAGAACAAUACCUUAUUUUUAUGCAAUCUCAUAUUAGUAUAGUGGACGGUAGGCAAAGACGGGUUUAUGAUAUUUGGAAUAAUAAUCAAUCGCAGAUUUUCAAAGUUUUGGUAAAAAGAAAUUUCAGAUAACAUCUGUUGAACAAUAUAAUAGCAAAAUAAAAUAAAUUAUUUAACAUAAUUUGCGCUACAUAUAGGGUAAGAGAGAGCACUACAUUUUGAUUUCAAUUGUUGGUCACUUGAUUAUUAUCGUCACCAUUAUUGUAAUUUUUGUUUGACAUUUUUUAUUAUUUCAUCAUCGUUUUAAAAUUCAGAAUUAUACAAAAAAGAUAGUGAGCAUCUUGUUAUAAGAGAAAACCUCUUAUUCCCUUCACGUAUUAUUAUGCUGGCGGUACUAUAUGAUGUAAUGCUUCAAUGCUUAUGGCAUGACCAACGUAAACAAUUUCCUUAAAUCUUGAAUCUUAAAAAAUGAAUUAUUGCUGGUUUUGUUUACAUCCGGUGGCAGCGGAUUGUUAUGUACUAAAAAGACUAUUGGCUAUUCAAAAUACGUGUUAUCUGCAAAACUGUCGUUUUCACUGUCUUCUAAACCGUCAGCUUUCCACAUUAACGAUUGAAAAAUAUCGACAUUUGCCUUUGUAGAUGGCGCUAACUAUACUAACACCGAUUUUCAACAUAUCAGAUCAACAUUCCAUUAUUUGACAUUUUAUCAAUAUUUCAAAUAAAAUACGUCUCAAAUUAAAGGUUUCGUACACUAGAAUGUAAUUGCCAAUGGAAAAAAAAGUUUUAGAAUAUUUGCGAUAGAAACUGAAUUUUUCAGAAAAAACGGCCGCAUUUAGCGAAUUUUAGCGUGACUAAAUUAUACUGGUAUUUGUGACAAAUUAAACGUAUCUUAAUAACUUUUCUAAAAAAAAAUCCCUUACAAUUUAUUAUGUCUGUGUGAACUAGGAACUUCCUUCAUAUAUUUUUAUCAGAUAAGUAAGAUCAGAGUUGAAAAAGGAAGUUGCCAUAUUGUUGAUUGCAGGAUAAUUUUCAGCUCACAAUAGGGUCAUUAAAUGAAGCAUAAAAUUUCAAUUUUUUACAAAAGCCGAUAGAGAUAAUCUUUCUGAAUAUAAUAACAUAUAAGUUCAAUCCUUAAAACUUCAGAAUAAUUUUUAAUUUAUUUUCUACAAAAUGUAAACACGUCCUCGUUUGACACUAUGAAUUGAUAGUGAAUUAGCCACAUGGCACAGUGGUCCCAAAGAGCAAAAAAGGGGGUUUUUUAGAUUGCGUCAAAACGGUUGACUUUAGCAAUAUGGUGUCUUUGAGAAAGUUUCUUGGAGUAGAACUCCCCUUCUUUCUGUCUUAUAAGAUUAAUGAUUAAUCCCCCUAAUAGUGAGUUACGGAAUUUAUUUUCUCCAAUAAUUCAGAUAGACAAAUACUUACUUCAGCAAAGUUGUGGAGAAACUCGUUGCAAACAUUUUACCCGAAGACUUCAACUCUCUAUCUUUUAAGGUUUUUGAGAUAUGGGACAUUAUUUGUAAAAGGCCCCUUAAAAACAGUUUUUUCAUCAUAAGUUUUCUUCUAGAUUUUUUCCAUUAUAUAAAUGUUCUAGAACAUUGUUUGGACUAUUAAACUGCAUUACUUUGCCGAAGACGGAAACUUGCUAUCGCUAGUAUGUGUGGAGAUAUUCUCGUUUUUUGAUUGAAAAUAGCUCUUUUUCCAAUGCCGAUAACUUUUAAAGGGCAAAAACGGGCAAACCACUUUGUAAACAAAUUAAAGUGCAAGAAAAGCACAACAAAUGCAGGAAAAAUCAGAUCUCCCCAAGGCGGCCCUCUAUGGAAAUACUAGAGCCUAAGAUUAUAGAGGUUUUAACCUUAAGGUCAUUCGCCUCUUCGGGUUGAAAAAUCUCUUAUGAAAAAUUUCUAACCCUAUGUGCGGGGUCGGGACUCGAACCCAGGUGCGCUGCGUACAAGGCAAUCCAUUUACCAACUACGCUACACCCAUCCCCUACUGUUAGUUCGGAAAUAAAGGGUUAAAGUCGUAAUAAUUAUCCUUUCUUACUUUUGUAAGCACGUCUUGAGUAAAUACCCAAGCAACCAAAAGUAUAAAGGAACUACAUAAGCUUCUCGUUUUAAGUAAUUUUGCAAUACGUUUUAUGUUCUAAUAGCGGGUUAAGCAGUUCUCUUAAAGCUUGAGCAGCUUGAAAGUUCCCUAAGAACUUUUUGUGAAUUUUAAAGUGUGCUUUUUAAGUAUUAUCCGAACUUCUGUUUGCUUGUGUCAAAAGUUACAGUUGUUCAAAAAUUCAAUGCAUACGCCUGACACCGGAAACUGACAAUUCCCUUGCGCCUACUUUAUAACAAUGGCGCAAGUGCAACCAAACGGCGAGUAAUCAAUUGCAUUUGAUGACGGAAUGAGCCAAACUUCAGCUCAAGUAUUUCCAUAGAGGGCCGCCUUGGGGAGAUCUGAUUUUUCCAGCAUUUGUUGUGCUUUUCUUGCACUUUAAUUUGUUUACAAAGUGGUUUGCCCGUUUUUGCCCGUUUAAAAGUUAUCGGCAUUGGAAAAAGAGCUAUUUUCAAUCAAAAAACGUGAAUAUCUCCACACAUACUAGCGAUAGAACAUUUAUAUAAUGAAAAAAAAAGAAAGAAAACUUAUGAUGAAAAAAACUGUUUUUAAGGGGCCUUUUACAAAUAAUGUCCCAUAUCUCAAAAACCUUUAAAGAUAGAGAGUUGAAGUCUUCGGGUAAAAUGUUUGCAACGAGUUUCUCUACAACUUUGCUGAAGUAAGUAUUUGUCUAUCUGAAUUAUUGGAGAAAAUAAAUUGCGUAACUCACUAUUAGGGGGAUUAAUCAUUAAUCUGAUAAGACAGGAAGAAGGGGAGUUCUACUCCAAGAAACUUUCUCAAAGACACCAUAUUGCUAAAGUCAACCGUUUUGACGCAAUCUAAAAAACCCCCUUUUUUGCUCUUUGGGACCACUGUGCAUGGGUUAGCAUUUUCGAUAGUUAUCCCAGCAAAAGGAUAGAGAUCAAGGUAGUUCAAUGGAAGGUAUGGUCGAAAUAAUUCAACACAAAAAAAAAAUUUGUUAAUUUUCGUACAAAAAAGUGAAAAAUAAGUUCGACUACGUAUCUUCAACUUCAGCUACAUCGGAAAAACCCAAAAACAGCAUAUGGCUUAAUUACCCAAUUAUCACAAUAUUUUAAUCAUGGAAACAUUCUUGACCAUUGGCCAAAUUUUCACCGCAAAAACUAGUUUUUUACUUACAAGUUAAUCCAUUUUAAAUUGCGAAAUAUUGUUCUGAUACUAUAAAUCAACGCAUAUGUUGAUUAAAUCAAAAUUUUAGAAACCUUUUUUUAUGGUGGGUAGAUCCAGUAGAAAUUGAAGUUCUUUUAAGUUGUCGAGCAACAACAAUUCUUGAGCGUUUUUUCAAAACGUCAUAUCUGCAAUGAGUUACUCUCUUUGUUUACUUUCUCUUCUGUUAAUAAUUCGGUCACUUUAACAUUUAUCCCUCAGCUCUUUGCAUAAUAUGCUAGUUAAAACCACCGUCUUUCGAUCUGUACUGUAAAAUAAGUGAAAAGUGUUAUAGUGACGCCGUAAAAAUCGAAAGAGAAAGUAAACAAAGAGAGUAACUCAUUGCAGAUAUGACGUUUUGGAAAAAACGCUCAAGAAUUGUGCAAAUCUUCAGAAAAUCUAGACAUUGUUGCAUUGGAAUUACAAUAUGGAGAAACUCCAACGUGCUACAACAUUGUGGCUUUUUGUUUAUAUAAUUUGUUUAAUUAACAUAAUAAAUUUGCGUUAGCUGUUUUUAGAAUUUUCUGCUAUCAAUAUAAUUGUAUAGUGAGGUCAGGUCAGCAAGGACACGUAAUAUUUGUGUUUUUUGUUUCGAUUUUAGAAGUUUUAGCCUUAGAGUUCUUCGUUUCUUUUUUCGGGCUAGAAAAAUCUCUAGCCGAAAUUGAGAAUCGAACCCAUGUGAACUGCGUUUUGAUACAACUUUUAUGCUUUGGGAAGUUCACGACACAUGUUAAAGUACAUUCUUUUGAACCACCUUGUCUCAUAUUGGCGAAUCUGAUAUUCUUCUUAAUGAAUAAACAUAUCGAAUCCUCUACUACCGCAACUAGUAUACAUUAAAAACGCUGAAUCCGUCUGGUUAAAGACUAGAAUUACUAUAUUUAUUAUUGAUCAAAACAAUAAAUAAAUCGAUGAUUCCCACAUUCGAAUGGAUAUUCAAGUGGCAACCGUGUGCAUUUCAUGUGUUUGUGGAUUGAAAUAAUUCAAUAGAUUUCCACAUGAUGUUAAGGUGUUAAGUUUUUUCAGUGUAGUGAACCAAAGUGCCAUCCAGAGUGUAUGUAUUCCUUAUAUGCACACAGGAGCCACUAAGACAAGACAUGACAAUCGGCUUCUUAUUUUUCAUUCGACAUUCUUCUUUUCGUAGAUUUCCACCCUGCCUAAAUCUUCCGAACAGUGUUGCUAUUUUUUAAAAUGAAAAUGUAUUCUUGUUAAUUUAUUUUAUGCCUGCAGGGCACCGUUUUUCCAUAUCAUGGGUGUUUAGUAAGGUUUGAUGAAACCAUUUUCUGACAAUUUUUUGAUUCAUUUAUUCAUUUUUACCACAGAUAACAGACGUUUAGGCUCGAUUUGAAUCGUGUGUAAAUACCCGUUACGGAAAUUCCGAAUAAAUUAGACGUCUGAAACACGUUUGGCAAACGUUUGCAGAUGGCGCAGUGAUCGAUACAAUGCAGUUAGAGUGCAGCUGUCAAACACGUGUAGCACACAGUUGCGCAGAUGGCAAUAGUGAAACACGGAUUUCCAACGUUUAUUAAUUUGAAAGUUUACACAAGUUUUUGAAGAAAUUUUGUUCUAGCCUAAACAUCUGUUAUCUGUGUUUUUACUCUUUUAACGAUAAUAAUAUUAUUUGUCGAAAGUAAUUACAUUAUUUUUCUAUAAAUAUAGCAACACUGCCAAACAUCAUUUAGCUAUCCCUGCAGUAACAUUGUGUACGGUGCAAAAAGUCAGAAUCAACCAAUCAGGAGCUGGAACAUUCUGACGUAAAAUUGGAACAAAAACUACCCCCUUUAUUGUCAUGUCUUGUCUUAGAGGUGCCAUCUAAACGAUAGAGGCAGAGAUGCCAGAUUUUCAGAGAUGUCUGCAAAUUCGCAGACUAUAAUUUUAUCUGAAAUUUUUUUUUCGAUGACGCAGAUAUUUGCAGAUUUUUUAGUUUGGUUGCAGAUAUUUACAGAUUUUUUAGUUUGUUUACAGAUAUUUACAGAUUUUUGAAAAUAAUUUUUUUUCGUUACACUAGUUUCAAAUCUAAUUUAGGUUUUUCCUCUACAAGCUAUUUCUCUCUACUUAUCUUAGGCUAUAAAUGCACUAUUUUCAUUUAAUAUAACACCUUAUCAAUAGGUCAUUUUUGGUCAAGAAUAGUUUUCCUGACAUUUUUUGUUCGUCCCAGACUUUUAAAAUUAUUAUUGCAGACAUUUGAAAAAAGUAUCUGGCAUCCCUGGAUAGAGGUGUCGAGUCUUUAUCCAGAGGGUUUCAGCGUCGUUAGUGCACAUGUUAAGGCCUUUGUCAUACUACGUAGCACAAUACAGAACUUCAGACGAAAUAUACUUACUCGCGAAAAAUAUAAUCAGAAAGAAUAUCAACCUGUAUGAGAAAACUAAUAAAAACGUAUACAAGAUAGAA